AGUGUCAGCAUACAUCACUGAAAAGAUAAAUUUGAAGACAUGUUUUGCUGAAAAGACAACUGAGAAAAAUCAUUUUCCGAAUGGGAUGAACACGCGCCAGCUAAUUGACUACCUACUACAAUUUGAAUGUUAACGUUACCCACCUGGUACUGUUUCCUAGUGAUGUACCUGUUCUCACAAUACCCUGUUUCAGUGUGCUUGUCUUGACUAAAGAAUUCAAAGUGGAGUACCGUAAACUUGAUAUGGAUAAUAAAAAAAAAGACAAGGACAAAUCGGACGAUAGAAUGGCACGGCCCAGUGGUCGAUCGGGGCACAGUACUCGAGGGACUGGGUCUUCCUCCUCUGGAGUCUUAAUGGUUGGACCUAACUUUAGAGUUGGGAAAAAAAUUGGAUGUGGCAACUUUGGAGAACUACGAUUAGGGAAAAAUUUAUAUACAAAUGAAUAUGUGGCAAUUAAGCUGGAACCUAUGAAAUCCAGAGCACCACAGCUACAUUUGGAAUACAGAUUCUACAAGCAAUUAGGAUCUGGUGAUGGUAUACCUCAAGUUUACUAUUUUGGCCCUUGUGGUAAAUACAAUGCCAUGGUGCUCGAACUGCUGGGACCUAGUUUGGAAGACUUAUUUGAUUUGUGUGACAGGACAUUUUCCCUCAAGACAGUUCUGAUGAUAGCUAUACAACUGCUUGGAGGAGGAAGAGUGAAUCCUGGGGAAGGUUGUCGAUGGACAAUUUUAAGUGGAACCGUGAGAGAAGGACUCAGCCUAGCAGCUGGCCUUGAAGACAAACUUGAAAGAGAACAAAGUAGGAGAGAUGAUUUAGAAGCUUUAGGUCAUAUGUUCAUGUAUUUUCUGAGAGGCAGUCUUCCUUGGCAAGGUUUAAAGGCUGACACAUUAAAAGAAAGGUAUCAGAAAAUUGGAGAUACAAAACGAGCUACACCAAUAGAAGUGUUAUGUGAAAAUUUUCCAGAAGAAAUGGCAACAUAUCUUCGUUAUGUAAGAAGGCUAGAUUUCUUUGAAAAACCAGACUAUGACUACUUAAGAAAGCUUUUUACUGACUUGUUUGAUCGAAAAGGAUAUAUGUUUGAUUAUGAAUAUGACUGGAUUGGUAAGCAGUUGCCUACUCCAGUUGGAGCGGUUCAACAAGAUCCUGCUCUGUCAUCUAACAGAGAAGCACAUCAGCACAGGGAGAAGAUGCAGCAGUCCAAAAAUCAGUCGGCAGACCACAGGGCAGCUUGGGACUCCCAGCAGGCAAAUCCCCACCAUUUGAGAGCUCACCUUGCAGCAGACAGACAUGGUGGCUCGGUACAGGUUGUAAGUUCUACAAAUGGGGAAUUAAACACAGAUGACCCUACUGCAGGACGUUCAAAUGCCCCUAUCACGGCUCCUACAGAAGUAGAAAUGAUGGACGAAACCAACUGCCAGAAAGUGUUGAACAUGUGGUGCUGCUGCUUUUUCAAACGAAGGAAAAGGAAAACGAUUCAGCGCCACAAGUGACUCUGGACACAGACCGAUCCUGGGGAGUUACUUACAUGUCCAUCUGCUGUCUUGUGAUCAAAAUCAUCUCUAGUGACCACAUCUGUUUCCCAGGACUCACUCUUAGAAACCUCAUACCUUCAUUUUGUGAUUGUCUUACAUUCUUCCCCCCCAGCCCCCCAAUUUAACUUUUAUGGAAGCUUUAAAGUUUUGUUAAAAACAUGAGUGCUUUGCCCGUCGAUGAAGAGAAUGGACCAAUGCGGUGGUAUUGAUGAAUCCAGGUCGAUAGAGCAUUUUUCAGAAGCCUCUUCUGUUGUAGAAAGCAGUACACGAUCUUAAAUGUCAACCAGUUAUAUACCAAAUUUGAUUAAAAAAAAAUAAGUUCUAUAAGAACAAAAUCAAACUGGAUGUUUCUCCCCAGUGGGAUAAUGCAACAGAGAAAACAGAGUUGCCCAAAUGUGUAAAAGAAGCUCUUCCUUGAGAAGUUCAUAUUUUGUGUGACAUCUGCAUUGAUUUCAGUAUUCCUGAUGGUACUGCUAUUCAUAUUGACAUCCUCUGUGUGAGAUCAUGGUACAGUCACUGCCCAGAGGUACUGAGGACAAAGCCGUGUGGGUUCUGCAGAUGGUAGUGGUAAAAUGAAUCACAAGACAUGCAGUGGGUAUGACGUCUGCUGUGGAUGCGCCACUCUGUGACAUGCAGUGUUGCAGACAUGCAAACACACUCAGUUACAAAAUGCAGAAUAUUUGUAUGAUGUGACCUUAUGCUUUCGAAUAAGGAGUGUAAAGACAGCAAGAAGCAAACAAACACUUGGAGAAGUGAGAAAUGUCGGAGAGUUUUUACAAAUACACUAAGGAGAAGAAGCCAACGUGAACUCAUUGCAUUGUAAGGAGGUGGAAGUCUCAGAUGACCUUUGGAACCUAGUUCCGAAUGAUUAUGUUCUCCCUUAAGCAGACAAUUCUGGAUGCGCCAUGCAAUGGUAUACUGUUUAUUAAUUACUUUGGUCUUUGAUACAACAAAAAAAACACCCCACUCCCCGCGCCCCCUAUCCCCCUCAGCAAUAAAAUCGGGUCACUCUGUUGCCCUCUGUGCACAUUCGUCUCUUGUAUUCACCUUUGCUGGAUCUUUGGAGUGUGCUCACUAUGUAGCGUCACUGUGGCGAUUGGAAACUAUUUUGCAGAGGGUGGGCCAGGUGCUUUGCCUCCACAGUCUUUUGAAGUGCCUGCAUGUGAACAGAGUAACAGUCCUGUAAAGGCAGAAACCCUUCCACUUCUCAAGUACGCUUUGUUUGAAGCCAUGAAAACAGGGUGUACUUUUGUUACCUGAGACCCGACAGGAUUUUCCUGAACGGUUAGAACAAAAUGACUGGCUGUGAGGAUGAUUAUAUUGUUCAAAUCUCAUACUCGCCUUUUCAUUUAUAAGACUCCCUCCGUUCCGUUUUUUCUUUGUCUUUAUGUGUAUGCCUUCAGGCAUGCUUAUUUAUUUUGCUAUCUCAAAAUAACAUUCGAAAUGUGUAUUAAAGUAAAUAAUUCCACAUUUUGACUUCAUUAUUGCAUUUACAGGAAUUUAAUUGUAUUUUGUAAUUUAUUAUUAUUAUUAUUUUUACCUGUCUUAGCCAAAAGUUCAAUGCUUUGAUUUUGAUGAUUAGAUAUCCGAACGAGUAUCACAGAUCUGAACAUUGUAUAUCAAUGUUGUUAUGAAUCCUAUGAAUAAUCUUUUCCUUUUUUAAUUCUUGAUUUUAAAGGCCUGGGAAGCCCGUACUGUGUAAUGUGGACUCCGUGUCCAUUCUCCAUUUGUGUACUGUCCUGAUGUCUUCAACAGCAGGCGCUGCAGGCUCAGUGUUUAUUUUUGUUUGCUUUGAGCAAGGUAGAUGGUUAUUUUGGCCAUUAUAAUGUGAACCACUUCUUUCUUUACAGUAUUUGACCAAAUUUCUGUGUCUUUGAUGUAUGUAAAUACAUGCGAUAUCUGUAUUUCUUAUCAUAAGCCUAUUUAGUUUUAUUCCCAGUAGAGUUUUUUGGACUGUACAGUGUUUAUAUGAUCUGAACUCCUUAUACAUAAGAAGGUAUGUAUAUUAAUCCAAUUAUGGACUUAAAAUAUUUUAAAAAGUAUAAAUACCCUUAUUUGCUGCAAAGACCAGUGUGUGUAGACAUUUGCUUUUUAGCAAUAUUUUUUAAGUGCUCCGUUUUAAUGCCAAGGAGUAAGUCUUUGGGCCCCACAAACUGGUCAACAAUAGGUAAUGCAGGUAUGUUCAGGUUAAGCCAACAAUGUUUUGCAUUUAUAUGCUUCUUUUUCUGUCAACACUAAUGAAGUCAACAUUGCCUGAGUGUCUGAAUAAUGAAACACUUCCCUGUGUAAAAGUAUGUAACUGAAAAAGAAAUAAAAAAAUAAAGGUAGUUUUUUUAAA